AUGCGAGCAUUUAUUUCAAAUUCUUCACUUAAAAUUCGAUUAAGCCUCAACUCAUUUUUAAGUAAACCAGAUCAACCUUUAUUUAACUCCAUUAAAUUCUCACGUAAAAUUUCUACUAUUGAGAACUCUGAUAUUGAAAAACAAACAAAUUCAAGCCAAAAUGUACAAAAAACCAUUAAUGCUGCAGGAGUAGAAAUGAUACCAGAUUGGCUAUAUAAAAUUAUUUUCCCAAGUGAUACGCGAGAUUGCCCUAAGGAUAUGGAUAAUUACUUCAAAGAUAUAUCCAUCAAUCAUUUGAAACAACAAGGAUUAUAUGGAAAAGAAACAGAAGAAUUUCUUCCCGUAGAACCUUUUGAUGUACCAAAAUUACGUGGAAAUUCAAUAGCCGAACAUUUUUGGACAAUAGGUGAACAACAAGCACAUUUUUGUAGAGAAUUAGCAAUACAAUUUGCUACUUGUGAAUUGCCAAAGAUGCCAGAGGAAAGUCAAUGGGAAUUAAGUGCUGGAUGGACUCGUUAUAAAGAAAAUGCAAAACCUGAACAUGUUGAAUAUCCAGAUGAAAAUAUUUUAUGUUUUGAUGUUGAAGUAUUAGUCAAUGAUAGUGAUUAUGCUCUUAUGGCUUGUGCGGCCUCUCCAAAUGCGUGGUAUGUUUGGUUAGCUCCACGACUUAUCAAAUAUAGAGAUGAUCAAUUAAAGAAAAAAUCUCAAGCUACCAAAAAAGGAAAGAAUUCCAAAGAUGUCAAAAAUGUCAAAAACGUCAAGGAAGUGAAGAAAGGAGCCAAUAUUAAAAGUACUAAAAGUACCAAAGAAUUGAAAAGUUCAAAAGAACGACAGAUUGGUUGUUUAAUUCCCAUGGGAAAUCUAAGUAAAGAAAGAAUAAUAAUCGGACAUAAUGUUGGAUUUGAUCGUGCGCGGAUUAAAGAAGAAUAUCAUAGAAUAAAAUCUUGUAAUAGAUUUAUAGAUACCAUGGCUUUGCAUAUGGCUGUAAGCGGACUUUGCACUCAACAACGUUCAUCCUGGAUGAAAUAUAAGAAAGCCGUGGAAGAAAAUAAUCUAGAAUAUUUAAAAGACGCGUCUCACUUUCAGCCGAUUUUUGAUGUUAGUUCAAUGAACAGCCUUCGUGAUGUAUGUAAAUUUCAUUGUGGCAAAGAGUUAGAUAAAACUCAACGUGAUUUAUUUGUUAAUGGAACCCUUCAAGAUAUUGUGGAUAAUAUGAGGAAUCUUAUCACAUAUACAGCAAAAGAUGUAUAUUCUACUCAUCAAGUGUUCAAAACAAUACUACCAAAAUUUUUCGAUGUUUGUCCACAUCCAGCGUCAUUUUCAGGAAUGAUUCAUUUGGGAGGUAUGUAUUUGACCACAUCUAAAGAUUGGGAUCGAUAUAUAGAAAAUGCGGAAAGAAUUUAUAGGGAACAAAGUGAGUCUAUUGAGAAAAGUCUUCAAAAGCUUGCAUAUCGUGCUAUUAAAUUGGUAAAGGAAAAGCCGGAACUGGCAGAGAGUGAUCCAUGGUUAAAACAAUUAGAUUGGACACCUGCGUCACCAAAAGCUAAAGUUGCCAUUGGAUUUCCAAAAUGGUAUCGAGAUAUUUAUGAUAGUAAAUUGAAUAAAUUGAAGAUUACUCCUAGAACCAGAGCUGCACCUCUUCUUUUAAGAUUAAAAUGGCAAGGUUAUCCAUUAUAUUACUCUAAAAUAUAUGGAUGGGUUUCGGCCAGUUCGAAACGUUUAAAUGGUUCUGAUGACGACUUGUUACCAAAAAAAGAAGACGCUAAUGAAAAUUUGAUACUCAAUGAAAAUUCAAUUCAAGAAAAUUUUUCAGCAGAAAAUAAUCAUGAUACUAGCAAAGAUUUAGAACAACCUCCUGUAAAUGAAAUUUAUGAAGAACAAUUUGCCAAUGAUGAAGAAGGAAUAUAUUAUCCAAUUCCACAUAAAAAUGGUGAAGGUAACCGUUGUGAAACUCCAUUAGCAAAACAUUACAUCACCUCAUUUGAGAAAGACGUUUUGAGUUCAGAAUAUGAAGAGGCUAAAGCGGCAUUGAAAAUGAAUGCAGCAUGUUCAUAUUGGAUAGGUUCUAGGGAACGGAUAAUGAAUCAAAUGGUUAUAUACAAAGAUCAUCCAGAAAUUCUUGAUAUGGGUUAUGAUUCAAACAAUGGAACGCCUGUAGGUAUGAUUAUACCACAAACAUUGACAAUGGGUACCAUUACUCGUCGAGCGGUGGAAAAAACCUGGAUGACGGCGAGUAAUGCAAAGGAAAAUAGGAUAGGAUCAGAGCUUAAAGCAAUUAUUCAAGCCCCGAAAGGAUUCAAAAUAGUUGGUGCAGAUGUAGAUUCGGAAGAGUUAUGGAUUUCCAGUUUGAUUGGCGACUCUCAGUUUGGAUUUCAUGGAGCAACUGCCAUGGGUUGGAUGACACUUCAAGGAACAAAAGCUGCUGGAACUGAUUUACAUUCAAGGACUGCCGAAAUAUUAAAAAUUUCUCGAUCCGAUGCCAAAGUAUUUAAUUAUGGACGAAUAUAUGGGGCAGGACUUAAAUUUGCAAUACAAUUGUUAAGACAAUUUAAUGAAAACAUUACUGAAGAAGAAGCCAAAGAUCGUGCAACCGAUCUAUAUUCUCAUACUAAAGGUAAUAAAUUCAGAAAGAGUCGGAAAUCAGAUGAUUUUCCUUCUUUUCCUUAUGAUUCGUUUUGGCAUGGUGGUAGUGAAAGUUAUAUGUUCAACAGCUUGGAAGGCAUUGCAACUUCUGAUUAUCCAAAAACUCCAGUAUUAAAAUGUGGUAUAACUGAUGCAUUAAGAAACCAUAUAGUCGAGAAAUCAUACAUGACAUCGCGUGUAAACUGGGUUGUACAAUCUUCUGGCGUAGACUAUUUGCAUUUACUUUUGGUAGCUAUGCAAUAUUUAGUGAAUGAAUAUAAAAUUGACGCGCGAUUCAUGUUAUCGGUUCAUGAUGAAAUAAGAUUUCUUGUGAAGGAAGAAGAUUAUGAAAGGGCAGCAUUAGCACUCCAAAUAAGUAAUUUUUGGACAAGGGCAAUGUUUAGUUAUAUGUUAGGAAUUAAAGAUUUGCCUAUUUCAAUUGCUUUUUUCUCGGCUGUUGAUAUUGAUCAUGUUCUUCGCAAAGAAGUAACGAUGAGUUGCAAAACAUUAUCACAUAAUACAGAAAUUAAGGAGGGCAUUUGUCUGACAAUUCAUGAUCUUCUCAAGAAAUUAAAUACUUUAGAAUUAGACAAAAAUAAAACUGGUAACACAGACAAUUAUGACAAUUCAAAUUCUAUUGAAAAUAGAUCAAUAAUCCCAGCCGAAUUCUCUGAAUCAUAUCAAAGAUCCGAUGAUAAUAAUAAAUUUUUAAUUAUACAAAGUAUAUCAGGUGAAGAAGAAGUCAAAGCUAAGAUACUCGAAUUAUAUGAAAAUGAAAUUGUCAAUCUUAAGAAUAGUAAGAAGUCAAAAUCAAAUAACAAGAAAAAACAUAUUUUGAAUGCAAAUGUGGGAGAUCAGAAAUCGGACAUCGAUGAAGCCGAUAAAUCGAAUGAUGCAAAAGACAAUAAACCCGAUAAAUCGAAUGAUACAAAAGACGAUAAAUCGAAUGAUGCAAAAGAUGAUAAAUCGAAAGACGAUAAAUUGAAUGAUGCAAAAGACGAUAAAUCGAAUGAUGCAAAAGACAAUAAGCCGACUUCUUCUCACGAUACAAAUGAUAAAAAAAGAAAAGACGAGCAUGAAACGAAUAACGACCAAGCACUAUCAAAUAUAAAUAUUACUCAUGAUCCGUAUUUACAAUCAGAACAACCAGAUACUAAGGAUGAUUAUUUGGUUCUGGAUCAAAUUCCUAGAAAAAGGCUUUUAAAAACACUUAAAAAAGGCAAAAGUACAAAAAAUGGGAUCAAAACCGUUAAACUCGACCCCGUUAAAAAAAGUACGACCAAAGCAAGUAAACCCGUUACAAAAAAUGAGAUCAAAACCGAACCCGUUAAAAAAAGUGCGACCAAAACAAGUAAACCCGUUACAAAAAAUGAGAUCAAAACCGUUAAACCCGAACCCGUUAAAAAAAGUGCGACCAAAACAAGUAAACCCAUUACAAAAAAUGCGACCACGGCUGUUAAACCUGUUAAAAAAAACGCGACCAAAACCGCUAAAACCGUUAAAAAAAUUGCCAAACCCACUACAAAAAAAAAAGACAAGAAAGAAAGUUCUCCACAUUCACUUUCUCAAGAUAAUAAUAAUGAAGAUGUACCAGAAUUUAUUUAUGGGUACUCAUUUCAUGCAGAAAAUUCUAAUGUAACAAACUAA